AAUUUUGUAUAAGUGAUUGAUUUGUGUUUUGUAAUUUCGUGUUGUGGAACUCAAAUUAUAUAGCGUUGUUGGGUGCACAGUCUUCAAACCGCUAAAUAUUGUUAGAGAGAAGAUGAACGAGUUGUUCCUUGGAAUUCAUUUUAAUUGAAGAUCUGCGAAAUAGAAACUGGAAGUGGAACGUGGAGGAAUGACAAGUCCCUCACCCCAGUCUUCACCUAUGCCCCCUCCCCAGACUCCUUCCCCAAUGGGACCUCCCCAGCAGUCCCCUUCACCCAUGCCAUCUCCAUCAGGCAUGGCACCACCACCUCAAGCACCAUCACCGAUGGGCCCACCACAUCAUCACCCACACAGUCCAACUGGGUAUACCCAGGGCCCACCUCCAGGAGUGAUGCAUAUGAAUGGACCAUCAGGCCCACCACAACAUGCUAUGACUUCAGGAACACAAACAUUCCAGCAGCACACCAUGGGUGUGGGACACCCUCAACCUGGACUUCAGGGAGGGCCACAGGAUAACCUGAAUGCUCUUCAGAGAGCUAUUGAUUCAAUGGAAGAGAAAGGACUCCAGGAAGACCCUCGUUACUCUCAGCUCCUGGCGCUCAGAGCUCGCCAAGGAACAAUGGAACCCCCACGUUCAGUGCAGUGUCCAGACCAGAUCUGGGGUCUGCCGAAUUCUAACCAGUGGGUACCAGGGUCUCCUUCUCAAAGAGUAAAGCAGCCAGAUCUUGAAGCUGACUCUAGUGCCAAGGGAUUUGGCGGCCCAAAUGACCCACAACUGAAACAUACCUUCAGUUCAAGCCAGCUGCAGCAACUUCGAGUGCAAAUUAUGGCCUAUCGGCUGCUGUCACGGAACCAACCACUGACACAGCAGUUAGCAAUGUUUGAUAUUUGCUUGUUUGAUGCAUGA